UUCUUCUCGUCCCGCUGCUGCGCCAUGACGCACGCCGCUCUUGGAGUUCUCGUCAUUUUCACGUCAUCUCUCCCGCUGUGGACCACAGCAGGAGCGUCGAUCCUCUGCCCCUGGACCAAAGUUUUGUCGAACGAAGAGACGCACUACAGUUUUGUCCGCUCGGACCCGUCAGCCUCACCGUCUGCGCGCCUUUACCACAGCGUCUGGUCCGCGCAGCGCGCGCUGCUCGGCUGCACGUGGUCCGACGACACCGGGCUGAUCCAGGACUAUGUGUCUGCGUGCCGGGAGCGCACGCACGACGUUACCGAGCAUCGGAACGGAAACUUUGAUUUGGAGUCCAUGUUUGCGCCGAAAGAGCCGUGCGUCUCUCUGAACUCCCUGUGGUGCGCGUGGCAAGAAAAGCGCACGCCGAGGACGGUGAGGAGCGCGUCGAAGGACAGUCAGGUUCAAGGUGAACGGUCAGAGGUUAAACGUGCAAAGCGCUUCAUCGUACCUGGGACUCUGUGGUGCGGCGAUGGGCACAAGGCGCCUUCAUAUUCAGAUUUGGGGUUUUUUUCAGAGACGGACAUCUGCUGUCGAGAGCACGACCUGUGCGAACACAACAUCCCGUCCUUUCACUCAGACUUUGGCCUCUUCAACACCAACCUCUUCACCAUAUCUCACUGUGACUGUGACAAAAAGUUUCGGAGUUGCCUGAUGGCGGCUGAGGGCAGAUUACCGGAUGCGGUGGGAUACACCUUCUUUAACUUGCUGAAGGUGAACUGCUUUGAGUUCACUUAUCAACUCCAGUGUUCAGAGAGAAAUUGGUUUGGAAUGUGUCAGGAGAUGAAGAUGGGUUUGGUUGCUGUGGCUCAAUCACCUUCCCCCUACCAACCUUCUGUCUGGUCAAAUGUCUCCGCUCUGAACACCUCGCAGCCGCGGCAGGUCUCCGUCCCUGUGGCUGCACCCACUGCGGCCCCGCCUUCAGUGACAUCACCAUCUGCCUCCAAUGAUAUGAGCACCACACACACAAACACGUCACAGAAAGAGGGGAACGCGGGAGCUUUUGAAGGCAGCAUUGAGCCAGCUGAGACCUCAGAUAUACAAAGACUCAAUCAAACCAUGUUGACGUCGGAUAGUGACAUCACAUACCAACAAAUGCAGUGUUCUGUCUAUAAAGAUCUGGAUGAGUGCAGAAACAGGAUCCUUCCCCGACAGAGCAGAUACGACCUUCACAACCCAGAGCCCAGAACCCUGUACCACUGCAGCUGCACUGCAAGAUUAUUCCAGAGUUUGGCAAAACAGGGACAACUGAGCGAAGAGCAGCUUGUUCUGCUGGAACACGUGUCAUCGUCCUGCUUCCUGCUGCAGGGCUGCGCAGAAAACAAAAGCUGCACAGCUUUCACAGUCAGAGUUCAGCUUCCAGCACUGGACCAGAGGGAUGCAGACAAAGAGCAGCAGCGCCCUCUACAGGCAGUCAAACCGAAGAGGAGGAGAACAAAAAGAAAACAUCGUCCUGUCAGACUCCACAAACUGUGUCUCAGACUGGUCCUGUCCAAUCUGCACAACACAAGGAAGUCCACAUAAAUAUCGUCAAAGUUAUUUUGACGAUCAU